AUGUCUGCUGCUGUGUGCGGAAGCAAGAGGUCUUUCUUCGAAGAGCUUCCACCUUCUCCGCCACUCUCCAAGAGGCUACGUUGUUCCUCUUCGCCGAUUCGCUUUCCUGCCCCCUCACUCAUCGACCAACUUCGCCCGCUCUUUCCCCACAUGGACGACUUGGUCCUUGAGAGAGUUCUUCAGGAGUGUGGGAAUGAUAUAGAUGCUGCCAUCAAGAGGCUGAACGAGCUUUGCUUGGGAAAUGCAGAUGGAAAUAGAAAUGCUGAAGAAUCGGAGAUUGUUGUUACUUUGGAUGCAGGUAAAUUGGAGGAUACUGGAAAUGCUUCUGUUCCUGAGGACCAGCCUACUUUGAACAACCACCUCCCUGCUGAUGGAGCAGAAUGGAUUGACUUUUUUGUUAGGGAAAUGAUGGUUGCUACCAGUGUUGACGAUGCUAGAGCCCGUGCUGCUAGAAUGCUAGAAGUUCUAGAGAAAUCAAUUAGUGAAAGAGCAAGGGCUGAGACAACUGAUGCACUUCAGAAGGAAAAUUUGAUGCUGAAAGAGCAAAUUGAAGCAUUGAUUAAGGAGAAAAAUUCUUUCAAAAAUGCUUUUAGAAUCCAGCAUGAACGAUUUGCUGAUUACGAGGUUAAGAACCAAGAGUUGCAGCAUUUGAAGCAAUUGGUAUCUCAAUACCAGGAGCAGAUUAGAACUCUCGAGGUGAAUAACUAUGCUUUGGCAAUUCAUUUGAAGCAGGCUCAACAGAGCAACUCCUUUACUGGGCGCUUCCCACCUGAUGUCUUCUAA